UUCAACAUCAUGAUAAAAUUUAUUAUUGCUGUUUUAAUAAUUUCUUUAAUGUUUUUGAAAUCAUUUGCAAAAGAUUAUGAAAGUUCUUUAGCUCAAUCUAAUAUUUACUAUCAGCGACCACUUCGACUUGGAAAUUCGAAAGAACUGGAAAUGCUUGAUGUUGAGAAAUUAGAAAAUAAAAAGGAUAUCAAACUCAUAAUUCAUGGUUAUUUGGGAAAUAGGGGUCAUUCUGCUAUAGUUCCAGUUAGAAACGCUUAUCUGUCUCAAGGAACUGACAAUAUCUUCAUGGCCGACUGGGAAAGAGCUGCUGGAUAUGAUUACCCAACUUCAAGAGGUUUGAUUGUAAAAGUUGCAAAACGUUAUUCAAAAAUACUAUCCGAAUUCAUGAAAAAAAAUGAAAUUGAUCCAAAUGAAGUGCAUUUAAUCGGACACAGUCUUGGUGCACACAUAGUUGGAAAUAUUGGUCGAUACUUUAAUGGAUCCUUAGGUCGAAUAACAGGCCUUGAUCCUGCACUGCCACUUUUUUUACCUCAGUCAGCAGAUGGACUUCGUCCAGAUGAUGCCAAGUUUGUCGAUGUUAUUCAUACAGAUCAUCCAGUCUUUGGAGAUGUAAUGCCUCGUGGAAAAGCAGAUUUUUACCCUAAUUAUGGACGAGCUCCACAACCAGGUUGUACUGAGGCAGAUUUAAGAACUCUCACAUCAUGCAGUCACUAUAGAGCUGUUCAAUUAUAUGCCGAAUCCAUAAGCAUUCCAAGAAAUUUCCCAGCAAUAACUUGUUCCCUUUAUGAUAUACUUUUCAAUUACAUCGGACGAUGUAGAACAGCAGCUACUUUAAGCACAACUGUAAUGAUGGGGGAAUAUGUUGAUAAGAGCGCCCUCGGACAGUACUUUUUGUUUACAAAUGCAGCGCCACCUUUUGGACUUGGAGAUAAUUCAGAAAUUUAUAGGAACUUUUAUCAAGUACGAGAACAAUAGUUAUGGAAAAUUUAAAGGUUGUGAGAUGAAAUUCGGCUAAUAUCAAAGACACGAACACAAACAAAAACUAAGUUUUAGAAUCUAUGGAAAUUUAAUUUUUGUGGAACAAAAUUUAAAUUUUUCAAUUUUGAAUGUUCAACUUUUU